AGUCAUUGUUUAAGCUCUUUACGAUAUUAUCAUGUUCUUCCAUUUUUGUUUGACGAAAUAAAAAAGAAAAAAAAAAGAAAAAGAAGGGGUGGGGGCUGGUGAUCGCAAGAUAAAUUCUUCAAGUGCAUAUGAUCACACAAAUAAAAGAGUACACCUUUUAUAAGUCACACAGAAAGACCAUUUUAUCUCAUUAUCGUGUUCAUUUUCUGUCAGUUUGAUAAUACUGACCAGUAGCAUUGAUCACUGAUAAACGCACAUUGGUUUUUUUUUUCAAGGUCAGGCAGGCUCCUUAUUCAAGAACGAACACAAAUUCGCGGGAUGGAAAGAAACGCGUCCCCUUAAAAAGAUUCAAUCAAAAAACCUCUUGAAAGCCAGUUUUUUAUUUAUUUAUUUUUCUUCUUCUUCUUGAUCAUGGUGACUAAUUUAGACAUGGAUUUAAUCAAGAUCUCUGAGGAUGGUCAUGUCACAAAGAGGAUCUUGAGAGAAGGGUCAGGAACCACUCCCGAAAAGAAUAAUUCAGUUUGUGUGCACUAUGAAUCCUUUUUACAAGAUACCAAUGUCAAAUUCGAUUCCACUCGUGAAAGAAAAGCUGAAUUCACAUUCACUUUAAAUUCUGGCAAGGUUGUUAAAGCUUGGGAACUCGCUAUCCCAACAAUGAAAGUGGGCGAAAAGGCCGAAAUUUUCUGUACCAGCGACUAUGGAUAUGGAGAUGAAGGAAGAACAUAUAUUGUUCCACCAAAAGCCAGCUUACGAUUUGAAGUAGAGUUGCUUGGUUUCUGGGAAGUUGCUGGUUCAGCGGCAGAACGUAUCAACUCUGCAGAAAAGAAAAAGGGAGAAGGCAAUGAUUUGUUCAAGAAGGGAGCUAUUGAAGAAGCACUCUUUGCAUAUCGAAAGGCCAGAGAUUAUAUCAAAGAUUUGUGGAAUUGUGAACCAGAAGAAUUGGAAAAGUGUCGUUUAUUGAUUGUCACCAUUCAACUGAAUAUUGCCGCUUGUCAUUUAAAAUUAAAAAACUAUGAGUUUGCUGUCGAGGUCUGUAAAAGAGCACUGGAUCGUGAUUGUACCAACAUCAAGGGUUAUUAUCGUUUGGGUCAAGCCUAUCUUGAAAUGGGUGAUUUUGACCAAAGCAUAGAAUUUAUCAAGUUGGGCUUAGAGUAUAAGCCAAACAGCGUAGAACUCUUGGCUCUAUUAUCAGUGGCCGAGAAAAAGAAACAACGUUGGUUAAAUGAAAGUAAAAGGAUCUAUAGAAAGAUGUGUGAUAAUUAAAAACAAAGGAAAAAAAGAUAAUGAUGGAAUCUUUACAAUUUUUUUUUUAUUUAUUUAUUUAUCUACCAUGCUUGGUGCAUAUAUUUUUGAACAGCUAAAAGAGCUUGGUAUCUGAC